UGUGCGUGUUCCUCUGGGUGGUCAGGGUCCCCUAACUGUAGUGAAAAAUGCUCCAUGGGAACCUACGGCAAAGAUUGUGGAAAUCACUGCAGCAGUCAUUGCAGAAACAUGACAUGUAAUCCAAUCACUGGGUCUUGUCUGGAGGGCUGUACACCCGGAUACUUAGGGAGUUUCUGCAACAAGGUGUGUGACACAGGGACAUAUGGAAUAAACUGCUCCCAGAAUUGUUCUCAAAACUGCCUCGUUGAAUGUGAUUCUGUUGACGGAUCCUGCACAUUUUCCUCUGGGUGGACGGAGUCCCCUGGCUGUAGUGAAAAGGCACCUAUGGUCAAUAAUGACGAGUAUAGUACCCCGGAUGCAUACAUCGCAGCCUUGUCUAUCUCAUUGGUUAUCAACUUUAGCCUUGUCGUUGUCAUUGUUGUAUUAUUGAGCCUACUCUAUAACAGAAAACAAGAGAAGCGUUCGUCUGAAUAUAUCAAUAGUGCCGAACCAUUACCGCCAUCAGAAAUCACCGAUAACGAUGUACACCAGUAUCACGAACUUAACAUGUGCAAUGAUAUUUCAUAUCAGAAUCUGUCAUUAAGAGUUCUUCAGUUUAGAAUAACACUUCCUUGUUUGUUUAAGAAUUCUAACAUGCAAACGCUUGUGUUUUUGAUAUUAUUGAGACUAACUUUGUCAUCUGGAUACCAAAUCCUAUCUCAGAAUAAGGAGACCGAGCAGGCUGAGGAGGUAACUGGCUGCCAAGAAACUGGAACAUGUCAGCAGUAUCAAUCCAUUCGUGCAGUAGAUGGAUACAUUAACACGUGUACAAGGACUGAAAAAAUUGGAACACCAACAGCAUUGCCAAAUAAAUGGACAUGGUGGUACAUUGACCUUGAGAAAGUACUCAGCAUUUACAGCAUCAGACUACAGUUCAAAGACUAUGGGGAACAAUAUGUCAUGAGACAAAGAGGACGUUUUGCUGGUUUUUCGCUAUAUGUGUCAAACACAACUAUAAAGGAGGAUGGGUAUCUAUGUUACAAGAACGGACAGGAGUUACCGACCUUGGAUUUCAGUACAACUUGUGUCAAACAUGGACGUUACGUUAUAUUUUACAAUGAAAGACUUGACGGAACAACUUAUCCUACCGGAUAUGAAACAACCCUAGUUUACACUGAAUUGUGUGAAGUAACUGUAACAGGUUGUAAAGAAUCCGGUAUGUAUGGAUAUAACUGUGAUCUACCCUGCCCAAAUAACUGUCAAGAAUUGAGAUGUGACAUUAUCAACGGAACGUGUUUGGGUUGUACUGCAGGAUGGGUGGGGGACUUCUGUAACAAAUCAUGUCCAGCUGGAUAUUACGGUUUACAGUGUAGAUCUACGUGUACUGGACACUGCAGAGACAACUUGUCCUGUAACCACACCACUGGACAAUGUGACUAUGGCUGUGGUAAUGGAUGGACUGGAACACAUUGUAACACACUAUGUUCAGUUGGCCGGUACGGAUUGAAUUGUUCAAAGAACUGUAGUCCCCAUUGCCGAUCUGAAAGUAAUCAUUGUAACCAUAUAGACGGACAUUGUGAACAUGGAUGUGACGAUGGAUUCAAAGGAAGUAAAUGUGAGGAAAUUUGCAUUGAUGGCUGGUAUGGAGAAAACUGCUCUGCACGAUGUAACGAGAACUGUGUCAACCAGUCAUGUUUUCAUAACACAGGCAGUUGUAUACAUGGAUGUAAACCGGGAUGGAGGACUCCCAACUGCGAACAGAAAUGCUCAGUAAAAACGUACGGCAAAGGUUGUGGAAAUCACUGCAGCGGUCAAUGCAGAAAUAUGACAUGUAAUCCAAUCAAUGGAUCUUGUUUGGAGGGCUGUAUUCCCGGUUACUUGGGAAGUUUCUGCAACAAACCAUGUGACAAUGGAACAUAUGGACUCAAUUGCUACCGGAAUUGUUCUCAGAACUGCCUCGACGUUUGUGAUUCUGUUGACGGAUCCUGCACAUGUUCCUCUGGGUGGACGGGGUCCCCUAACUGUAGUGAAAAAUGUUCCAUGGGAACCUACGACAAAGAUUGUGGAAAUCACUGCAGCAGUCAUUGCAGAAAUAUGACAUGUAAUCCAAUCACUGGAUCUUGUCUGGAAGGCUGUACACCCGGAUACUUAGGAAGUUUCUGCAACAAGCCAUGUGACAAAGGAACAUAUGGAAUAAACUGCUCCCAGAAUUGUUCUCAAAACUGCCUCGGUGAAUGUGAUAAUGUUGACGGAUCCUGCACAUGUUCCUCUGAGUGGACGGGGUCCCCUGACUGUAGUGAAAAGGUACCUAUCGUCAGUAAUGACGAGUAUAGUACUCCAGAAGCAUACAUCGCAGCCUUAUCUAUCUCACUGGUUAUCAACUUUAGCCUUGUUGUUGUGAUUGUUAUAUUAUUCAGGCUACUCUAUAACAGAAAACAAGAGAAGCGUUCCUCGGACUAUAUAGCUAGUGCUGAAAUAUCACCUCCAUCACAAGGCAGCAAUAACGAUGUACACCAGUAUCAGGAACUCAACAUGUCCAAUGAUAAUUCAUAUCAGAAUUUGUCAUUAAGAGAUCGUUUAUAAAAUGUACAGUGGAGCCUCGGUAAUCCGGACGCCAUUAAUCCGGACGCUUCACAUUCCGGACGAUUGUUAUAGGGAACGGAAUUUUUAUACGUUAUUUUGCAUCAUUAAUCCGGAAAUCCGCGUUCCGGACGGUCAUUUUUUACUACAAAACGUUUAAAUUCAUUGAGAAUCGUACCGUUAAUCCGGACGGUAAUUGUUUUGAGGGAAGGUCUGUGUCGGACAAUUUUAGCAAGGCGUAAAUUAUAAAGAAAACAAGCCAAACUGUCUAAUUGAAGCGAUUAUCUGUACCCCGUCAACACCUUUCUUUAAUUAGGUGGUGUGUGAUAUGUCAGUUAGAUAGCACGUGCCGAUCGAUACAUUGUAUUGCCAAUUUUUGCACAUAAGAUCUGUAUUGCGUGUAAUGUUGAAUCUUGUAAAUAAAUAUGUAGCAUAUUAUUUUAUAGUCUUGAUCAAUAGCCUAAUAGUAUUUAAAAAUAAAUUAAACAUCAUGCAGUAAUGAUUUUGUUGUUGUUGAACUGCUACACUUAUCAGUUGUACUGAUUUUUAAAUUGAUAUCGGCUUAUUCAAAUCUAAAGAAGUGUAGAUUAUUCCUCUAGAUUCUGGAUUUUAUACUACUGCUUGCCAUGAAAUAUACAUGCAUGUUCAUGCACAUGUAUAUGUAGUAAGUUUUUAAUGUUUAGAAUGUCACGAAUGUAGAAUGUACCUGUGCACGAUUGUUUCUUGUUACGAUGUUGUAGAGUUGUAUUGCUUUCAAUUUUUUAAACUCUGGGUAGAAGUGAAAAAAUUACCAUUUUAAGGAAAAUGACAAUUAAAUUUGUUAUGUACCCGUAAUGUUGGUUUCACCCGAGUUUUGUUCCGUUAUUAUCGCAUCAUGAAAAUAAUAGGUGCGCGUGGCUAGAUCAAAGCAGUAGUAGGUCUUCAUAUUACGAGCUUAAAUGAUUUUGUUCUCCCGAUAUUGGUUUGGAUAAUUUAUAUAGAAAAAGAAAUAAAAAUUCUGGCAGAAGGAAUUUCGGUUAAAGAAUGUUCUCAACCGACAUGAUAAACAUGAAAUUCUUAAAUCAACUGUGGACGAUGAAUAUUGUUUAGACAGACCGCCGAACCCGUGAAUCGUGACAGAUGGAAAUGGCCGGCCUCUUUAAGAAGUAAAAGUGUGAUGAAAUCUUUGAAGUGUAAAUGAUUAUGUUAGUUAUUAAUGAUUCAUUUUUUAUAGUUACAUAUACUGUUUCAUUAUUUUUUUUAUUGCUUUGUAUAUUUAUUAGUAGUGUUAAUAUACAUGUACAAUGUUAGCAUAGGCAAAUACACUGCACACAUAUAUUCCAAUUUUAGAGCUUUAAAAUGCAUGUAAAUGUUAACAUUAUCAUGGUUUAUUUACUAAUGCAAAUGGUUAAAUCCAAUGAUAGAAUGUGUUUAAUUCACUACGCAUCAAUAAAGUAUUUUGAAUUAAACUGAUUCUUCUCGUUUUC